AUGGCCGACGCGCUUGCCUCCCAACUCAGUAACACCAAGCUAGGGGAACACCCAGACGCAAAGCUUCAGGACUCCCUCAACCUACCCCCCAAAGAUGCCCGACCCCAAACUGAGGAUGUCACUGCUACCAAGGGCCUCGAGUUCGAGGAUUUCUACAUCAAACGUGAACUGAUGAUGGGCAUUUUUGAGGCUGGAUUUGAGAAGCCUUCUCCCAUCCAAGAAGAGACGAUACCCGUUGCCCUCACGGGCAGAGAUAUUUUGGCUCGAGCAAAGAACGGUACAGGCAAAACAGCCGCCUUCGUCAUCCCCACUCUAGAGCGCAUCAAUCCUAAGAGCACCAAGACUCAGGCACUCAUUUUGGUACCCACGAGAGAACUUGCCCUUCAAACAUCUCAAGUCUGCAAGACCCUUGGGAAACAUCUCGGGAUCAACGUCAUGGUUACCACUGGUGGAACAGGUUUGAUGGACGAUAUUAUUCGGCUGAAUGAUGCUGUCCAUAUCCUUGUCGGAACUCCCGGUCGGGUGCUUGACUUGGCCAGCAAAGGUGUUGCCGACCUGUCGGAGUGCCCAACCUUUGUCAUGGAUGAGGCAGACAAGCUUCUGUCCCCUGAGUUCACACCAGUCAUCGAGCAACUUUUAUCGUUCCACCCCAAGGAUCGCCAGGUCAUGCUCUUCAGCGCUACAUUCCCCAUGAUUGUGAAGUCCUUCAAGGACAAGCACAUGCGCAACCCUUAUGAGAUCAACCUGAUGGACGAACUCACUCUGCGGGGUAUCACUCAGUACUAUGCCUUCGUUGAGGAGAAGCAAAAGGUUCAUUGCCUCAACACCCUUUUCUCCAAGCUCCAGAUCAACCAAUCGAUCAUUUUCUGCAACUCGACCAAUCGUGUGGAGCUUUUGGCCAAAAAGAUCACGGAACUGGGUUAUUCGUGCUUCUAUUCUCAUGCGCGAAUGCUCCAGCAGCACCGCAACCGUGUCUUCCACGAUUUCCGAAACGGCGUGUGCCGCAAUCUGGUCUGUUCGGACUUGCUUACCCGUGGUAUUGAUAUCCAAGCUGUCAACGUUGUCAUCAACUUCGACUUCCCCAAGAACGCCGAGACCUACCUCCACCGUAUUGGUCGCUCUGGUCGCUUUGGUCACUUGGGUCUGGCCAUUAACCUCAUCAACUGGGAUGAUCGAUUCAACUUGUACAAGAUUGAGCAGGAACUGGGUACUGAAAUCCAGCCCAUCCCUCAAAACAUUGACAAGAAGCUGUACGUGUAUGAUUCCCCGGAGAACAUCCCGCGCCCGAUCUCCAAUCCCGCGGGGCAAGAUCCAGCACCCAGCAAUGGAGACCGUCAGCCUCGUCGUCAGAACCACCAUUCCAAUGGCGGACAGUAUUACAACCGGGGCCGAGGCAACUAUCGCGGCGGCCGGGGGCAAGGCCAACGUCGUGGCGGACACAACGACCCCAACAAAGCGGCUUUUGCUCAAGGUCAGCCAGGCGGUAAGCCGCAGGCGCCCCUCUCCUAA